AUGCUUGGCAAAUGCAUCAAAAAGGCCUCCUCGCUGUCUACCAUUGGACAAACCAUGCGGUACAGCUCUGGAGAUGUUCGCCGCGUCACUUUGAUUCCAGGAGACGGAAUUGGACCUGAAAUCUCCGCUGCUGUGCAGAAGAUUUUUGAAGCAGCCAACGCCCCUAUCGCUUGGGAUCCUGUCGAUGUCACUCCAGUUAAAGGACGUGACGGAGUCUUCCGUAUUCCAAAUCGCUGUAUUGAGCUCAUGCACGAGAACAAAGUCGGACUCAAAGGCCCACUUGAGACGCCUAUCGGAAAAGGACAUCGAUCGUUGAAUUUGGCUGUAAGAAAGGAGUUCAAUCUCUACGCCAACGUUCGUCCAUGCCGUUCUCUUGAAGGACACAAGACACUUUAUGAUAAUGUCGAUGUUGUGACUAUUCGUGAGAAUACUGAAGGAGAAUACUCUGGAAUUGAGCACGAGAUUGUCCCAGGAGUCGUCCAAUCUAUCAAGCUCAUUACUGAAACUGCUUCGCGAAAUGUCGCCAGCUUUGCCUUCGAGUAUGCUCGUCAAAACGGACGCAAAUGCGUUACUGCUGUACACAAAGCUAACAUCAUGAGACAAUCCGACGGUCUGUUCCUGUCUAUCUGCCGUGAACAAGCUGCUCUUUACCCAGAUAUCAAGUUCAAGGAAGCCUACCUCGAUACUGUCUGCCUGAAUAUGGUCCAAGAUCCAUCCCAGUACGAUGUUCUUGUUAUGCCAAACUUGUACGGAGACAUUCUCUCCGAUUUGUGCGCUGGUCUUGUCGGAGGACUCGGAGUUACACCAUCCGGAAACAUUGGAAAGGAAGCAGCUGUAUUUGAAUCUGUCCACGGAACAGCCCCGGAUAUUGCUGGACAAGACAAGGCCAAUCCAACUGCUCUACUUCUUUCCGCUGUCAUGAUGCUGCGUUAUAUGAACUUGCCACAACACGCUGCUCGUAUCGAGAAAGCCGUAUUUGAUGCCAUUGCUGACGGUCGUGCCAAAACCGGAGAUCUCGGAGGUUCUGGAACAUGCUCAUCCUUCACCGCUGAUGUCUGCGCCCGUGUCAAGGACCUCGAAUGA